AUGUCAGACUGGUUUCUGCGAAGGCCUUUACUAGCUGCUUAUGUUCAACGUGUGAUGAUUACCGGUGACCAAGCUUUGACAGCUUGCCAUGUUGCUAGCCAAGUUCAUAUUAUAUCAAAACCUACAUUGAUCCUUGGCCCAGCACGAAAUGGUGAGGGAUAUAAUUGGCUGUCUCCUGAUGAGACUGAAAACAUUCGCUACAGUGAGAAAGAGGUUGAAUCUUUAUCAGAGACCCAUGAUCUCUGUAUUGGAGGUGAUUGCAUUGAGAUGUUGCAACAGACAUCAGCUCAUCUUCUGGUCAUUCCUCAUGUGAAGGUUUUUGCCAGAGUUGCUCCCGAGCAAAAAGAACUUAUCUUGACCACUUUCAAAACAGUUGGACGGUUAACUUUGAUGUGUGGGGAUGGAACCAAUGAUGUUGGAGCUUUGAAGCAGUUGUCAAAACAGGCCACUAGGCUUCCUGGUUUGGCUGCCACGGUUGAGCUCAAAGAUAAGCCAGAAACCUGUGAGGCCCACGUAGGAAUCGCUCUUCUGAAUGCAAUUCCUCCAACUCAAAGUGGAAACUCUUCUUCAGAGUCGUCGAAGGAAGAUGGUUCAAAAUCUGUCAAGCUAAAGAAAUCUAAGACUGCACUGGACACAUCUGGAAAGAGUGCUGGUGAAGGCACUUCCAAAGCCAAAGCUGCUUCAAAAUCAGAUUCCACUAGCCACUCAUCUGGUAACCGUCAUCAAGCAGCUGCUGAGAUGCAACGCCAGAAGCUUAAGAAGAUGAUUGAUGAGCUUAAUGAGGAAGGAGAUGGUCGUGCACCCAUUGUCAAGCUUGGUGAUGCCUCAAUGGCGUCUCCGUUCACUGCUAAGCAUGCAUCUGUUGCUCCCACCACUGACAUAAUUCGUCAAGGUCGGAGUACUCUAGUGACAACCCUGCAGAUGUUCAAAAUUCUGGGUCUCAACUGUCUUGCUACUGCAUAUGUGUUGAGUGUUAUGUAUCUAGAUGGUGUCAAACUAGGUGACGUACAAGCCACAAUAAGUGGUGUAUUCACUGCUGCAUUUUUCCUCUUCAUCUCACAUGCACGCCCUCUUCCCACUCUUUCUGCUGAACGUCCUCACCCUAACAUCUUCUGUGCUUAUGUUUUCCUUUCCCUCUUGGGACAAUUUUCUAUUCACCUGCUUUUCCUUAUUUCGUCUGUGAAAGAAGCUGAAAAAUACAUGCCAGAUGAAUGCAUUGAACCUGAUGCUGAUUUUCAUCCUAACCUGGUGAAUACGGUUUCCUAUAUGGUGAGCAUGAUGCUUCAGGUGGCCACAUUCGCUGUGAACUAUAUGGGCCACCCGUUCAACCAGAGUAUUUCUGAAAACAGACCGUUCCGGUAUGCACUUGUUGCUGCUGUUAUUUUCUUUACCGUGAUUACAUCUGAUAUCUUCAGGGACUUGAAUGACUGGUUGAAGUUAGUGCCAUUGCCGGUGGGAUUAAGGGAUAAACUAUUGAUUUGGGCGUUUCUAAUGUUUUUGGUUUGCUACUCGUGGGAGAGACUAUUGAGAUGGGCAUUCCCUGGUAAGAUCCCGGCUUGGAAGAGGCGACAACGACUUGCUGUAUCUAAUUUAGAAAAGAAGAAACAGGUCUAA